AUGGAGCUGGGCUGCCGAGCAGGUACAGCCACUCUGGCCAGGGCCCACCUGAACAACAAGGAGGGCCAGCAGGACGCGGCCCCCCAGAAGACUUCCUGCAGCUCCCUGGACACCUCCAAGUUCAAGUACCAGGUCCCGCUCUCCCCACAGACACCCCUGCACCGGGGAGGCAGCAGCCGAGGCAGCCCCCUGGGGCAGCGCCACCUGGAGGAGAUCUGUCCCCCACCCCCAACCGUGGUCAGCACGGAAUCUCCGGGGAUGGACCCGCAGCCCAGGACCCUGACGAAGGGGGGCUCCAGGUCCUCCUUGAGAGAGAACAGGGCCACCUUCCGAGAGGGGGCUCAGCCACGCCAGGGGCUGGAUGAAGGCCCCAGCCUGGGGGCGCAGGACCAGAGGAGCAGGCCCGGGAGCCAGAAAGGCAGCGUCAUUCCGAACAACAUUCGCCACAAGUUUGGGAGCAACACGGUGGACGAGCUGCUCUCCGAGGAGCAGGCUCGAAAGGCUGUUGGUGAAGGCUUUGAGGGCCAGAAGAGGGCCAGCUCGUGGCCCAGCAGGACCCAGAGUCCUCUGGAAUUCUCCUCCAUCUUCGCGGACUACUACGAUCUGGGAUACAACAUGCGGUCAAACUUGUUUCGAGGGGCCCCUGAGGAGACAAAGAGCCUCAUGAAAGCUUCGUACACACCAGAAGUGAUUGAGAAGUCAGUGAGGGACAUAGAACACUGGCACGGCAGGAAGACGGACGAUCUGGGACGGUGGCACCGGAAAAAUGCUAUGAACAUGAACUUGCAGAAAGCACUGGAUGAGAAAUAUGGAGACAAGAGCAAAUCCAGGGGCUCGAAGUACUAG